ACCUUUCCAUGUUGUUUAUAUUCGCUUUGUCAUUUUGGUCAUUUGGCAAUUUGGCAUAACGAAGUUUGGAUCUCAAAAUUCACGUCACGAAUUACCAAUGGACGAAUAAUCCGCAACUGAUAUUAGUAUUAAGUCAAUGAAUUUUACAAGCAAUCAUAGAAAUUUACGGCUUUUGUCACGUAACGAGGGUAAGAUCAAAUCCUAUGAAUCUUGCUGCGACGUGACGGCAUGGAGUCAUGAUCUACAAAAGAAAGGUUGUUACCUUAGGGAAUGGAUGAAGAGCGAUAUGCCAAUUUGUGUCAUACCCGUCUGCACACUAGCUAGUUUUUUAAAAAUCAUGACUUGCAGAAGCCGUGGUAAGACGACACCUCGUUGUCACCCAGACUGCAAGUCAAAAAUAUUAUUGGAAAGUAUUUGUACAUCGUGCCACGCGAUGAAGGAAUGUUUAAAAAACAAUGAGGAAUUUGAAAAGUAUUUUGAAGAGGAAGAGUUUGAAACUAGUAACUGGCCAUGUGAAAGAUGUUUAGAUGCACUUAAAAGUAUCAAAAUGUUUUGGAAGAUUCUUCUAGAAAAAAUAUUUAAUGUUAAUAUUAUAAAGAACACAGAUUUUAAUUCUCAGAACAAUUGUAUACGGACAGACAGUAUUCGUUCCGUUACCAAGGAAUGGCAAAACGAAAUAGUUCAUCAAGCUUUAUUUCUUAAAAAUAUUACUCCGCUAGGAACCGGUGUGACAUCUGGAAGUCCACGAAGAGUGAGUAAAGUUGCUACGAAAGUCAGUCAAUCCGCGUGCGGCGAAAAGCCAUGUUUAAUAAUAGAAGCCACAAAAAGUGACAAAAAUUUCACUGAACAUAUCCAUGUUAAGACAAAUUCAGAAAUCGGCAAACCAAGAAAAAGUAAUAUUGAACAGAAAAAUAGUACUGGGUCAAAUAAGAUACAUUCCAAACGACCUUGCAGAAAAUUAAGCAGAUGCACCUCUGUUCGAGUGAAAAUGAAUGAUGUUGGAUGCAGUACGCAUAACAUUGAUGACGAAAAUGAAGAACUCAAAACAUAUAAAAAUAAUUUUGAACAGUUGCAGCAACAAUUUAAUGUGCAGAUUACAGAAAUAGAAAAACUUCAGAAAGAAAACACAUCUUUAAGAAUCGAAUUGCAAGACGUUUAUAAACAUUUUAUAUAUAAGCCGUCAUGUUGUACACCCGAUUCUUUAAUGAUGGAUAAAGAUACUGGCAUUUUGGCACCAAAACCAUUUGAAAAUUGUAUGGAUGAAAAUGUAGAUACCAAUUCUAUCAAAGAUAUAGAUUCAGAAAUGAUUAUAACAAUGAAGAAUUGUAAAAACAAUAAUUUUAAGCACGUGUCGCUGUUGCAAGUACUCCACAAAACAAACGAGCCGAUGCUAGCUGACGUCGAUGCAAAUGGACCAAGUAAUAGAAAUGAAGAUCCAAUUUAUUUAUUGGCUAAAGUGCAAACCACGUUUGGUGCGAUUGUGCAACGUGAAAUGAGCAUCGCGUCUGAUAGGAGACAUCGACCGAAGUGCAACAUCGAGGCAACGUUUCAAAGAAUAAAUUCUAGUAAAUCAGUACCAUCUUGUUCUACCGUGUCAGCAUAUUCUACGAAUUCGGAAACGAAUUUAAUUGUAUCGAAAAAUAUAUAAACAAGACAGAAGCAUCCUUCCAGUUCAUUCUAACUUAUU